UCUAAACCUUCCUACUAAAUACUAAAUAAUCACAUAAGAAACUCAUGAAGACAGGUUGAACUGCUACGGUUAUAGUGGAAAUUAUCAUUUGGGAAAAUUGAAUCAUUUGGUUAAUAUUAGAGUUAAUAUUUGAUUCACUUAAAUUCAUUUUACUUGAGUUUCAUUGGAAACAACGCAAAUUGAUUAUUUGUUAGACUCUUUCAUUACUAUAACUCAUUUGUCUUUAAUUUACCACCAAAAUGAUAGAGUUGAAUUAGAUUAGAUAAAUUCCUGGGAUGUAAAAUUUAAUAACCAUUAAAGUUGCUAUUCUCAUAUUUUACCCAUUUUUCGAGGCAAAUUUAAUCAUUUGUCUUGAUUAAAUCAACACCAAUUGUACACAAUUGCAAGAGACAAUCAGCACUUCGAGCAAAAAUUUCCAAAUCCUCUUCACUUUCAAUUUGUCCAUAGUUGCUACGAUUAAAAAGGUUAAUUUUUCAAACUGGAAAAAAUACUUAACUCUAAAUCUCAAUGACCAACAAAGGGUUGAAUGUUGACAAAAAUAAAUAUCGACACAGCAUCAGCCAAGAAAGGAUUGAACAUGUUUCCGACUUAAUUGGUUCAUGGGGUCCACUGCAAAAGCGGCUAUUUCUGUUGCUCAGUAUAAUCUAUUGUGUAUCACCUUAUACCAAUGCAAGUCUAUUUUACUAUUCACUUAAAAGUGACUUGGUUUGUGUCCAGCCUGACGGAUCUAAGAGCUCAAUAAGUUCAGAUAAGUGUUCGUUUGAUCAACUCAAUUCAUGUUCCUCUUGGUAUCAUAAUAUUACAAGAAAGACUGUGACUAAAGAGUGGAAUCUCGUCUGUGAACGAUACUGGCUUCGCUCCCUUGUCCUUUCGUCUUAUCAAUUCGGUUAUUUAUUGUCUGGGCUUGUUAUUGGCUAUAUUUCUGACCGAUUCGGUCGAAAACCAGCAAUUUUAUUUAGCAUGUCAUUAGAAAUCGUUUGUGCUGUCGGACUUGUCUUGUCUCCCAAUGUCUAUUGUUUCAUUGUGGUCAGAGUCAUUCAUGGUAUCGGUGGUUAUGGUCGCUACCUUGCUUCACUCAUUUUACUUUUAGAAAGUAUUGGACCCAAAUAUCGAGGCAGAAUUGCAGUCACCUUUGAUUGGGUAUGGUGCUUUGGGGAAUAUAUCAUGAUGAUAAUCACAUAUAAUGUACUCAACUUUAGAUACAUUUACAUGGGAACAAUAGUUUUCCAAAUCGCAUGCAUUCCCAUUAUACUGAUGGUUCCUGAAUCGGCAAGAUGGCAAUUAGUCGUUGGUCAGGUUGAAAAUGCUGAGCGAACCUUGCGUUUUUAUGCAGCAAAGCGAAGGAAACAAUCGGUCAAAACUAAAUUAAAGGAAAUACGAGUGGAUGAUGAGGAUGCCGAAGAUGAUGGCCAAGAGGAAUUGUUUCGCCGUAAACUUGAAAAGUUAAGGCAAUAUUUAAUUGCUGAAAAUGAGACUCGUAAUUCAAUGGGAAUAGUUGAUUUACUUCGCACUCCGAGAAUAUCCAGGUUUUGUUUUGCCUUGUACUUGCUUUGGUUUCUAACGGCUUUCAUCGCAUUCGGCCUUGCCUACAGUACACUCGAUCUUUCGGGCAACGUCUUCAUUAAUAAUGCAAUAUUUUCAGCAUCAAGUACGGCUUCGAAUCUAUUUAUGAUUUGGAAAGUUGACGCUUUUCGCCGUCGAUCAAUGCUUAUGACAAUGUAUUUUGCUACCUCAGCCCUUCUUUUCGCCUCAAUUGCCUUCGUUGAAUCACACGAAUACAUUAUUCCCAGAAUGAUUUUAAUCACUUCAGGUAGAUUCUUUUCCUCCUCUAUUUAUAGCUUAAUCUAUGUAUACUCUUCGGAAGUUUUUCCCACUAAUAUACGCCAUAUUGGAGUGGGUUCUUGCUCAGUCGCCUCGAGAAUGGCCUCAAUUCCUGCUCCAUUUAUAGCUCAAUUGACGGCAGCAACAAGCCUUAAACUGACUUUCGGAUUAUUUGCUGUAAUGGGCAUAAUUGGAGCCUCAAUAACAAGACUAAUACCAGAAACCAAAGGCAAGGAGAUACCAGAUACAGUAGAGGGAAUGAUUGAAAUGUAUGAUGUUAAUGUUUCAAAAGGUGUUGUAAAUUCAUCUUGAUAAUAAAAAUACAAUAAAUCCCAGACUUUAUUAAUUUCGUCUUUCAA